UCUCAGCCUUGGGACGUACAGCUGGCGACUGCAGGCCGGUGGUGGUGAGCUACGGGUCGGGGGGAUGGGUACGAGGGUUACAGCUCCACAAAGGCCAGGUACGCAGCGACGCGCAGAAAGAAUUCGAAGGCGUCCGCAGGGCUCUUAUAUAGGCCCACUCCCCCCUCGACUGCGCCUGCGCCCUCUGCCGGAAGCCGCUCUGGAAACUGUGCGCUUUGGCCCCGCCCCCGUUUCACGCGCCUGCUUGGCCUGUUGGCUACGCAACUGGGUUCUAACAACGUGCAUCACCAGGUCCUUCUACCGGAAUGUGGUGGGCGUCCUGCUGGUCUAUGAUGUGACGAACAGGAAGUCCUUCGAGCACAUCCAAGACUGGCACCAGGAGGUCCUAUCUACUCAGGGCCCCAAGGUGAUCUUCCUGCUGGUUGGCCACAAGAGUGACCUGCAGAGCACCCGCUGUGUCUCCACCCAGGAGGCAGAGGCACUGGCCGCCUCCCUGGGCAUGGACUUCAUAGAGACCUCAGCCAGAAACAACUGCAACGUGGACCUGGUCUUUGACACCCUCACAGAUGCCAUCCUGCAGGCUCUGCAGCAAGGGGACAUCAAGCUGGAAGAGGACUGCGGGGGUGUCCGGCUCAUCCGCAGGGCCCAAGUGCCCCAGUCCCCUAGCAGGAAGCAGCAACACCCAGGCCCAUGCCAGUGUUGACUCAGAGGGGUCCUGACCUCACCACCCUGUGGGACAGGGACUGUUACUAUCUCCCGGGACAGAUGACAAAAGAUUAAUGUCAGUAAUAUCUUGACAUGUCCUGCCUCCUGGAUUUUGAAGUCUUGCCCCCCACUUUGCUAGAGGAAGAGCUAAGAGGCCAGGUAUGCAUUUCCUCUCCUUGAACCUGUUUCCUCAUCUGUCAGUGGUACUCAAAAAGACCCCAUGGCUUGGGGAGGUUGUGGAGAGAUAAGGGACAGGGUGCGCUCCGAGUUCUCACACUGAGAACUGAAGAACAAAAGCUGUCAUUCCUGCCAUUCCUUUCUGGCUGUGAUGCCACCAUUUCUGGCAGCAUUCCUGGGCUCAGUGGCAUCUGGAUGGCUGCCCUGGGGAGGAUGGUGUGGGGAUUUCCAGUGUGAUCCUGGCUUGGAGCCACCCCCGACCUUUUUCUUGAGAUAGAGCCUUGCUGUAUAGUUAAUUCAGGCUGGCCUUGAACUCACUAUGUAGCCCAGGCUGGUCUUGAAGUCCAGGUGAGUCUCCUGCCUCAGCCUCUCAAGUGCUGGAUCACAGGUGUGCUCCACUACGUCCGGCCCUUGGAGCCUGUUUUGGUCCUCAGACUAGAAUGAGUCUGGGCACAAGAGGUGUGAUUUCAGACUCAGGGUUGCUGCUGACUGUGCCCAUCCCAAACCCAGGGGCUGAAUCUGGAUCCCACAGGCAGGGAUAACGUGAGUGAGCAGCAGUCAGGUUGGGCACGGUGGACGCUUCUCAGAAGAGCCGUGGAGGGCUGAAGGGUGCGCUACGCCCCAGCGGCUGGGCACUCUCCAUGAGUGACCUUAGCUUGCGAAGCUCCCUCCGAGACUGCCAGUGCUGGGGCAGCCCAUGUCCAGCUUCCUUCCGUGCAGGUUUUUAAGGUCCUCAUGCCCCAACUCUGGACAACGUUGAGGGUCAAACCCAGCUUCAUCUCUCCUUGGGCUUCACUGAGGACAUCAGUGUGACAGCAUCACAGCCAAUCCUGCGUCCUUCCCACCCAGAUGUGGCUUUCCAGAAUGUGCCCUAAUAAGUCUGUCUCCCGAGCUCUGUCUCAGACUCUGCCUGCCAGGAAGCUACUCAGUCACAGGGACUGCCGGGCAAGAAUGGGAACAUUUCAUUGAUUCACCUCAUUUGUUAUCUUUAAAUGAGAACUCUGUUCAAGUCUGGGGAUACAGCAAUGACAAUGACAGAAAAGUCCUGUUGGGGCUGGCAUUCUAGUGGAAGAGAAAGAGAGAGGAAAAAAAGUAAAUGAACUGCAUGAUUCCCAGCUGUGCUCAGUGCUGUGCAGAGCACAGAUCAGGGACACCGGGGCUGCGGUGUGAUGGCCAGGGAGGGCCUCAGAGGAGCUUGGAGCUGAGCCCUGGAGGGGGCGGAAGAGCUGUGCUAAGAGCAGAGUUCGUGCAGCAGUGACCAACCCAGCCCUGACACAGUGCUUCUUCUGUUCCAGCCAUGUGAGGUAGGUGCUGUUACUCCACGCUACAGAUGAGACCAGGCCCAGAGCGAGCUGAGUGACUUGCUUCAAGUCACAUAGCCAGGAAGAUCCAGGAAGUAGAAUGCUUUCUCUGGGAAUUACAGAUCUGUCUGUGGCUCCCAGGGUGUCCCUGCACAGGAAGGAAGCUAGUUUGGCAGAGUGGUAAGUCCUGGCCACAGGACUAUCAGAGACAAAGAGGAAGAAAGAACUGACUUGCCCCUUGGAAACCCUGGCCAGGGGCCAGGAGAACCAAUCCUUGAACCCUCAGGCUUGCAGGCAGGGUCAUCUCCACGGAGAGACAGUGUCCUUGUGCCCAGCUGCCCUCUUCCUUUCUAAAUGCAAAGUGGCAAUAAUAGUUCUGGCCCCACGGGGUUGUGACACUAAAUGACACUUAUGCGAACUCCUACCACAGUGUGUGCCCUUCUGUAUUUGUAUCUUGAUACAGGAUCAAAGUUGCCAUUCCCUUGCCUCGGCCUCUGAGUGAUGGGUUAUAGACGUGCAUCACCACACGUAGCAAGUCCAGCACAUUUUGCCCAGUUUAUCCACAGGGUAGGAAAACUGACCUGGCUGAAACUGAACCCAGACCAGCUCAGCAUCAAAAAUUCCAGUAGUCUUGUGCUGUGCCUUGGGCCAGACCCAGGGUGAAUGCUGUCUCCACCUCAGGCUCAGAUCCCACCCUGGCAAACCCCCUCUGAGUGGCCAAACCUGCAGAGACUUGCUGGCCACUGUGUGCCUGUGUCAGCAGUUGAGGCUGGUGGGCCCUGCCCUGGCUCAAGGAAAGGCAGCCAGAAAGGCCAGGGAGACAGGGAAGCAGAGGGACAGGCUCAGCCGAGAAGCCACCCUACCCCAAAUUGUGGGCCUCUCCUCUCCUUUUGAGGUCUCAGGCCCCCACGGGCGCCCCUGGGACCUAAUGUCCAU